AUGGCACGCCGACAGGUGGAGCGGCCAAAAACAAUAAUUGUGGACGGCAGGCGCGUCGGCUCGCCAUACAUUCAAAUGGUCGAGGGGCACUACAAGUGCCUGCCGUGCAACGUGUGGCUCCAGACGCCAGAGCAUUUGAAAAAGCUUCAGCAUAGGAACAAAGCUUGGCACUGGUGUUUCGGGUGCAAUGAGGCAGGACGGCGGAGGCAGCAGUGCAACGCGGAGCUGCUGGCGCAGAAGGUGGAGCCGCUGCAAAAGAUGGAGUUGGCAAUGAGUCCGUUCAAAACGGAGCUGCUGGUUCAGCAGAUGGAGUCGCACAUGUUCGAGCUACGGUGGCACGCCUCGGAGCUGCUGGUUCAGCAGAUGGAGUCGCACGUGUUGGAGCUCAGGAUCCCGGUGGCGCAGCUCUGGGAGACCAUGGCGGGCAUGAAGGUGAGCAUCGGGGACAUUCAGACGAACAUCUUCGAGCUCAAGGAGGGCAUGAACGAGCUCAUGCGCCCCCAGACCAUGGAGAAGGAGGAGAAGACGCAGACGUUGGAGUUCAAGGCCCUUGAUGAGCACAAGAACAGUUGGCAGGAAGUCAUCGUGGCGCAACAGUCGAUGCAGAAGCAGAUUCAGGAGUUGAAGGGGCAGGCGACGAUGAUCGAGACGGUGGUGAACAGCAUGUGCCCGAGGGGCCGUGCACUGCGGGGUCGAGAUGGAGGACUGGCUUCUUCGGCCAGCGCGGGGUCGCUGCCAGGGCCGCCAUGCAGGACGGAACUACUGAGCGCCAGCGCCGACGCAGCUCUGGGCCCAGCAGCGCAGGUGUAG